AUGCAUACCAAUAAAUCAACGUCUCCCACUCGAGUCGAUGACCGCUGUGAGAGGCUCCCCAAGGCCACCGACUACACCACCGUCUACAAGCUCCUCUACACAGCUGCGCCAAUGCUCUGGUUCCGAUCCGCUGAUUCAGACAGCGAGCGCGGCAAGCUGCAGUCUCGGCGAUCCAAGCUGAAUGACCAGAUCAACAAGGAGCUCCGAAUGAGGUCUGGAGCAGAGAACCUCUACAGAGCGACGGACAACAAGAAACUAAGAGAGCAGGUCGCUGUGGAGCUCUCCUUCUUUAACUCAAAUAUUCAGCUGUUGAAAGAGGAGCUGUGUGGCCUCAACAGCAGCGUCGAGAUCUACCAGCAUGACAACUGUUCCCGAUGUGUGCCAAUGAUACCGCUAGGUCUGAAGGAAACGAAGGAUGUCGAUUUCCGGGUGCCAUUCAUGGAUGUUAUCCUGGAGCACUACAGCGAGGAUGGGAGACAGUUUGACAAGGAAAUACAGGAACUGAUGGACCUCAGACAGGCAAUUCGGACCCUGAGAGACUGGUCUGGUGUCGAGCUACUCACUGAGUACUUCAACCAGCUGUAUUACGUUGAGAGGAGAUUCUUCCCUGAAGAAGGAAGCCUGGCCCUACACUUUCACUGGUAUGACUCGUUGACUGGCGUCCCCAACACACAGAAGGCUAUAGGCUUUGAGAAGGGCAGCGUGUUGUUCAACAUUGCAGCUCUCUGUACACAGAUUGCAUGUAAACAGGAUCGUAUGACUACCGCAGGAUCAGAAGAGGCAAUACGAGCUUUUGAGAAAGCUGCAGGAUACUUUCGCCACCUGGAAACCCACUUCAAGCAUGCUCCCAGUAUGGACAUGCGUCCGGAGACUCUCACCAUGCUGGUGGAACUACUGCAGGCUCAGUCCCAGGAGUGUGUGUUCGAGAGUAAGACCAUCCAUGGCCUCACGGACGGCGUGCUGUCCUUGGUGAAAGUAGCACAGGAAUCGGCCUAUGUUUCUGAAAGGUUCAGAGUCACACACAGACUAAUGUCCGCUGAGCCUGUCAAGAGUUACCUCCCCUUCACAUGGACCGCCAUGGCGCAGACAAAACACUACUACUACAAGGGACUUGCUCAUUCAAUAGUAGCCACGGCUCUCCUGGACCAGAAAGACAGCGGUGACCUGGACAAGCUUAAACAGAUGAUGGAGAAGCUCCAUGUGGGUUCCGACCUUCGCGAUGAAAACAAUGGUCUCAAGAUUCCCACAAAUGACAACGACAGAAAGAUUCUAGGCAAGGCUCACCUGCGAGAGUCUGUACUGAGUCACGAGGAAGCCCUGCGAGUUCAUGACCUGUGUAAGCAGCUGAGGAAGAUUGACACCUUCCGGGAACUUUUGCAGAAAGCUCACGAAAGGACACUGGAGAAGUUCGAGGGUCUGGAGGAAGAAGAUGACUUCUCCGAGCUACUGACCGUGCCGCGUAUCGAGGGAAAGGCGGACAGGGAAACAAACCCCACACCUCCUGAGUUCUCCAAAAUCAAAGUCUUGGACAUCUUUGCCACACUAGGUCCUAUCACCAUAUUCAAUUCCCGGAACGAAUGGUCCGCUGCCCGGAGAGUGCAGCUAAAUCGUAGUGACGAUGAAGGAUUUGGUUUCAGUGUGCGUGGAGAUUCACCGGUCAUGGUUGCUGAGAUUGAACCAGAGAGUGUAGCUGGGAGGAGCUCCAUGAAGGUGGGAGAUUUCGUUGUGGGAGUUGGAACGAUGGAUACGAAGUGGGCGAAACAUGAACAAGUGGUUCAACUGGUUCGACAGGCUGGAAACUCACUAGAACUCCGAUUGAUUACACCCAUGGGCCAGAGUUUUCUGGAAAGACUUAAUGCAGAUCGGCCAUAUGCAACAGUUAGCUUACCUGCAUCACCUGUUAGAAUGCAGAGCCCUAAGAGCAGUGUCUCUAGCGAAAAGAGCAAUAAAAGUCGCCUCAGUGCACCCUGGAUUUUCAUGAGGCGGAACUCUUCAAAGGAAAAGUCAGAAAAACGGAAGUCAUCUGAUGAAUUUGAUGAUGAUAUUGUGUCCAGGUAGACUCACUGUUGAAGUGUCCGUGGUAUCUACUUCAUGAAAGGACGUGUUCAUGCAAGACAGUGUUGGUCUUUGAGACACACCAAGAUACGUCUGCAUCCACAGUGCUGUGUUUCUAUGGAAACAAAUUUGUGUAUAAGUGCUGAGGUGCAACCAUUGUGUUCAGUGUUUUGGAUUACGACAUGUCGCGUAGCUGUCUUCGCUAAAGGUGUUGAGUAUCAAGAGGUCAUAAUGUUACAGCUGACGAAUGUAUAUUCUCUUGUGAGCGGAAAAUGGAUCCCAAUCUCCCUGGGCAAUCCUGUAUCUGGUCUUUCCUUGUUUUGAGGGUUUCUUCUUGCUGAUGCUUAAGGUUCCCUCGAGCCAGUGUGUGAUUGUGUUCAUAGUAGCCAGCUGGUAUUGUGUUCAAAGUAGCCAGUGGGUGAUUCAGUUCAUAGUAGCCAGCAGGUAUUGUGUUCAAAGUAGCCAGUGGGUGAUUCAGUUCAUAGAAGCCAGCAGGUGAUUGUGAUUGUAGCCACCAGUAUUAUUGGUUUACAAGACAUGCUUGCCAUCUAGAGACUUUGUACAAGUUGUGCGUAUGGACCUACAUGUUGACAAAGGUGUUGGAAGCUACAGAUGCUAUGUGAAGACUCCUGGAGGGAUACUCCUAGAAAUCACAGCGACACCAUACAGUCACAGUUUGAAGGGCAGCAGUGUGGUGAAGACAUAAGUCAUUGAUUUGGCGUUAUUCAAAAUGACAUUUGAGGAAUGUCUAAUUUUCAAGGUUUUUAUGCAGUGGUUAAUUGUAAUUGUUUUGAAGAUAUUGGAGAUGAAACCCAAAUUUGGGUUUGCUAAUCAUGCAUGUGAGACACAAGCAACUACUUAUUGUUGUACACCGAGGCUAGAGCCAUCCAACCCAGUUUCAGAAAAUGUCUUUUAAGCCAGUAAAAGUACAAACAUACACAAGUACUUGUAACUUAAGAAAUACCUAUGUUUACAUAUAUCUUCUUUGUUAAAAUGAUUUUGAUUGUUUGAAAUUAAUGCACAUGAAGUCAAUCACUGGAUUGUCUGAUCAUAACAUAAAGUGAAGCAGCAUGAUUGUACAACCAGAGUUGUACUGACGCUGAAGUUCUGUGGAUAGAUGGAGGGGACGUAGUUUAUUUGAGACAGCUGUGAAUUAGUUGUUUCCAAGACUGUAGGAAAACAUCCAGAGUGUGUAAGUUUCGCCCUGACCAUGUAUCAGGUCAUUUUGAAAUUCUCACUCAAUUUUCAAAAGUUGUGUUUAGUUUUACUUAAUUGGUACAGAUAGUCAGACUUCUGUUACCUCGCUGCCUAUAUCUAAAUUUGAUAGCUAAAUAUGAGCUUAAGUGUUUACAAUUCUGUAUCAGUCAUUCAGUUUUAAUGAAUUAGUGCGUAAUAUCAACCGUGUCCGCAGUUUCCAUGUAAUGUGAACAAGUUUGUGCCCAAAUUGAAUAUCACAAAAUGUAUCGUGUAGUAUCUUGACUAAAGGAUCAUGGGACAUGUCAUGUAUUACUUGAGAAGUAUGAUAUGUAUUGAUACACAAGGUAGUUGUAUCGUAACACUGUUGCGAUCGAAGUAUAAGUAAUGAGUAGCACUCUGAUAAUCUUAAUAUCAUUGACAAACUCAUUUUGUCGUACAUUCCAUAACAUGGAGCCACCUGUAAUACAUCUGCAGUGAUGAACGUAGUGUGAAGUAAAUCAUUCCGUACUGAACUAUGACCACCACACAGACACCAAGAACCAGACUAGGAAAAGAAUCGUAUUUAUCUAAAUUCAAAAUAAUUCUGAAAGGGACAGUUUUAUGAUAUUAUGGAAUGUGGACCUGAUUUGUAAAAAUAAUCAUCUCGUCAGGACCAAACAGGAAUUUGAGGAAUCUGACACGAUUGUUCUGUUUACAGUUGAUUGUGGGUUCCUAGUCUUCAUCAUAAUCCAUACAGUACACUGCCACGUUCAGCCUACACUGAAGUCAUUGCAUUGUACCCUUCCAGUCCUCCAUUACUAUCGAGAAUUUUACCAUUACUUGCCCCGCACCACUGUAUCAUGUAGGGCUGGCUAAUAUGAUCGUUGAUUGGAAAUAUCAUCAAUAGGAAUAAUUAUUAUUGAUUAUCGAUGUGAAAAUUGUUAUCAGAAGGCAAAGGUUUACGUUUCCCAACACAAUGUACAGAUUUAGGACUUUAUUCAUGGUCUGCUUCUAAGUUAUGUUCAGGAUGCUGUUUCGUUAAUAAUUCAUGCAAAAACAUGUCGCCACUCACCAGUGAUGGUGCAUUUUUGCUGAGAGUUACGUCUUUGAUAUUUAUCUGUAAUCCCUAUGAUCUAUAUCGAUAGCGAUAUCCAGCCCAGAUGUCAUGUUGCUUGCAUCACAGUCAUGGUCCUGUACCACCAUCCACACAUUUGUACCAGUGCUCAACAUUUUGAACAUCAUAAUGAUCCCAAUUUGUAAUUCUUUAAGGUCCACACUUAGUACAUGUUAAAGGAAACAUAUUGAAAACAUAGCUUUCUUUGCACUGAUUCCAGAAAACAGAUGUCAUAAAUUGCUUUGAAAUAUGAUUUGUAAGGACAUGUAUCAUGAAUUGUGACACCUAUAUCUUCCCCGAGAACAAAUGGCAUAAACUCAUCUUUUGUAAUUGUUUACUACGUUUAAGAUGUUUACUAACUUGAUUUAUCAUUUGUAGCAUCAUGAGAACAGACACUGCCGUACACUGAAGUGUGACACUGUCACUACUGGAUGGGUGUCCCCGACUUCCAAGUGUCGUGUGUGUCCGCUCCAUUAUGACAAAUUCUGUGGGCCAUUCUGCUGCCAUAACUCUGUUUUAGAUGUGUCGUCAUGACCGCAAAUCAAACUGCCUCAUUUAAACAGGAUUCGGGGAAAAUUAAUCUUGCUUGACAAUGGUACAAAAUUUGUAUCAAAACGUACACGAAAUAAAUAAAAGAAUCCAUAAACUAUACAUAUAUAUUAU